AUGGCCGGCGUGAGUGUGACGCAUAAUAGCGACAUCAGCUGCGACGACAUUGCAAAGCUUGUGAUGGACUACCACUAUCCGAAUGUGUGGGCACUGUAUGCGAAGCGUUGGACUCCCAAGGAUGGCCUGGAUGCGGCGAAGGACAUGAUCACCGAGCUUCAGGUCGCGCUAGCAGCGAAGGAGGAGGAGGCCGCCAAGAAUGCAGCAGAGCUGGAGGAGCAGAGGGCCGAGGCGGAGAAGCUUGCUGCGGAGCUGGUGGAGCAGAGGGCCGAGGCGGAGAAGCUUGCGGCGGAGCUGGUGGAGCAGAGGGCUGAGGCGGAGAAGCUUGCUGCGGAGCUGGUGGAGCAGAGGGCCGAGGCGGAGAAGCUUGCUGCGGAGCUGGUGGAGCAGAGGGCCGAGGCGGAGAAGCUUGCUGCGGAGCUGGAGGAGCAGAGGGCCGAGGCGGAGAAGCUUGCGGCGGAGCUGGUGGAGCAGAGGGCCGAGGCGGAGAAGCUUGCUGCGGAGCUGGAGGAGAAGAGUGCUGAGGCGGAGAAGCUUGCUGCGGAGGUGGUGGAGCAGAGGGCCGAGGCGGAGAAGCUUGCUGCGGAGGUGGUGGAGCAGAGGGCCGAGGCGGAGAAGCUUGCUGCGGAGCUGGUGGAGCAGAGGGCCGAGGCGGAGAAGCUUGGGGCGGAGCUGGAGGAGCAGAGGGCCGAGGCGGAGAAGCUUGCUGCGGAGCUGGAGGAGAAGAGUGCUGAGGCGGAGAAGCUUGCUGCGGAGGUGGUGGAGCAGAGGGCCGAGGCGGAGAAGCUUGCUGCGGAGGUGGUGGAGAAGAGGGCCGAGGCGGAGAAGCUUGCUGCGGAGCUGGUGGAGCAGAGGGCUGAGGCGGGGAAGCUUGCGGCGGAGCUGGAGGAGCAGAGGGCCGAGGCGGAGAAGCUUGCUGCGGAGCUGGUGGAGCAGAGGGCCGAGGCGGAGAAGCUUGCGGCGGAGGUGGCGGCCUUCCGCGCGAAGCGCAAUGCUGCGCUGGAGGCCCGCGACGCGGACGGCACGCUGCCCGUGCUGGAGAAGGCUGUGGCCGCGGACGAGGCGGCUGCGCAGGCGCUGGACCCGCGGCAGAUCGCCGACGGGCCGCUGUACGCUGUGACGCUUGAAGAGCUUUAUGUUGCUCGUGAUGAAACUGAUCGUAUUCUUGAUGCUGAUGGGGAACUUAGGGGUAACCUUGCUGAGAAGGUUGCCGAGUGCAGAGAAUUAAUCGCGAAAAUCGAGGAUGUGGAAAUGUGUCUCUGUGAUGCGCGAAAUGAGCAGUGCGGUAUGCAAGCUAAAAUGGAUGAGUUGGAGCGAUCAUCUGCAGCUGCUUUGCGGGAUCGAGAUGAGGAGCGAAGGAAGGUGGCGACGGAGCUGAUGGCGUUACGUGAAAUUAACGAACAGCUUGUAACUGAAGCUCGGGCUUUUCGAAAGAAGCGUUUAAGUGCAUUUGCUUGUCGUGAGGCUAAUGGCUUUGCGUUAUCGGAGAGGGUGGGUUCGAGUUUCGAUAAGGAAGAUGCAAACGUGCCCGUACCUUCUGUGAUGAUCGAACGAGAAGCGUUAUUGUGUGUCAGAAUGGAGGAGCUCAAUGAGCAGCGCGACUUGAAUACUCAGCUGCUGCGGGAUAUGAGUGCUUUGGGUGAGCGUAUUCGGGAUGCCAUGGACCCAGAGUCAAUAGCCAAUUCAGACAGCGAUGCUGUGUUUUCUCAUCUGGAGGCUCUCUUGAAGGCUCUGGAAGAGUCUCGUGCUGCUGAGCAGGCAGCGCGUGACCUCGCAGAGGAGCGAGAGGGCGAGUUGGCGCAGCUGCAGAAACUGUUUCAGAAUGAGGAAGAACGCUUGAAUAACGACCUUGGGGAGGCUCGUGAGGAGGUUGAGAGACUCCAAGGUGAACUGGAUUUGCUCACGGAUCAAUUGGACGAGGCAUGCAGGCUUUUUGGCGACGCGGAUGCUGUAAAUGCCGAAGGUGUUGCGAAGCUGGAAACCUUUUCUGAGGUUUUGGCGGCGGCACGCGGCGGAGAGAAAGACGCUAUUGAGCAGCUUGAAAUCAAGGAGAACGAGCUCGAGGAUCUUCGCAGCGCGCUGAAGGACACGAGGUAUCGUGAGGAGAUGCUAGAAAACCUGGAGGAUGAAGUAGCACAGCUGCAGAGAGAGAAGGAGAUAACCGAGACGGAGCUCGGUGCGGUGCAGAAGGAAAUGAGCGACCUACGACGCGAUCUACGUGCCGCUGAGGAUAGGGCUGCAGAGAAGUCAAGGGAUACCGAGAGAAUGAAGUUAGACCUCGACGCCCUCAACAGUCGCAUCCAAGACCUGCUUGAAGAGCUGGAGGAAAAGACAGAUCAGUAUAACCAAGUAAUCAAGGAUCUGGAUGACUUUGCGAAGAAUCAGAGCCGUGAGAACGAAAAGGAACUGCUUCAGCGUCUUUUGGCACGAGAGCAGGAGCUGUUUGAGUUGCAGGAGGCACGCCGCGGCGAGAACGAUGAGCAUGAGAAACAAGUCGGUGUACUACAAGGUCAGAUUAAUCGCUUACGAGAUCAGACGCACCAGGACAAUGCGCUACAUGAUGGACUUCAGGACGAGCUGGCUCGUCUACACAAGUUGCUCGCUGAUGCCGAAGCCGCACUACGGGACAAGGUUGCUGAGAACGAGGCCCUCAAAGACGGCAUAGAGGGCAUGAUUGAUGAGCACGAGGCGCAGAUGCGCGAGAUGGAGCAGGAACUGGAGGGCAAGAGCAAAGAGGUUUCCGACGCAUUGGAGAGGCUGGAGGAAAUGUCAGCCAUGGUUCAAGAGGCUCGUGAGAGCGAGGAGAGUGCGUUGCGGUUGCGCGCCGACUCUGACGCGGAGGUGUUCCGGCUUCAAAGGGAGCUCGACAAGAUCAAGCAGAUGCAAAGCGUGAUGACAGAGUCGAGUGACGACAGGGGCGGCCUCCUUGCUCAAAUCAUGGACAGUGAGGGUCAGCUGCGCGAUGCAGAGACCGCCAUCCGCAAGAAGAAUGCUGAGCUGGAGGAGGCAGAGAAGGAGUGGAGAAAGAAACUAAACAGGUCAGAGAAUCUUAAUCAUGAUCUUCGACGACUGCUGAAACGGACCAUGGCUGCGCUUUCUAAGUCUGCAGACACCAUGGGUAACUCAGCAGGCGCGUUAGACGCCUUCCGCGAUGAGCUGAAGCCCAUGAUGCAAUAG